AUGGAUGCCAUCAGGAAGCAGCUUGACGCCCUCAUGGGGGCUAACAGGAACGGGGAUGUACGAGAGGUGAAUCGGAAGUACUACGAUAGGGACGUCUGCCGGCUCUUCCUGACGGGUCUCUGCCCGCACGACCUCUUCCAGCUCACGGUGAGGGAUUUGAUCUUUGUUUCGCUUGUUUUUCGACUUGUUAGGCAGAUUUUAGGGUUCCGCUUGACGGCAUGUGUUGGAGCUUGUACUAGGCUUCAUCUGCUGAGAGCUGCCCCUCUAGCUAUUGUCUUCAUUUCUGCCUCAUGGAUUACUUUCCGCUCACUCUGCGUUCAUUGUAUUGCUCUUUUUUGAGUCUUGAAUGUAUAUACUAACAAACUUCUUUUUGUCUUUGAUAUAAUUCAGAAGAUGGAUCUUGGUCCUUGUCCAAAGGUGCACUCGCUUACAUUGAGGAAAGAGUAUCCUUCAUGCUUGUAAUGUUUGAUUUCUGUUUUCGUUUAAUCUCCGAACAUACUGCUUCAUCUAUCGAUCGUUUUAUACUGACCCUUGGGUAGAGAUGACCCAUGAGUGGUUAGAUGAAACGCAUAAUGACGUUGGCAUCAUGGUAUCUUUCGUCCGGUAGUGUUCCUUAAUUUUCCGUAGGUAUGAGGAAGCCAAGUUGAAAGGUACUCACAAUUUUGACCGGGAACUAGAGGAUUUAAUAGAGAAGCUAAUUGUUGAAUGUGAAAGGAAAAUUCAAAGAGCCCUAAAACGUUUGUCCGACGAAGAUGCCAAGGCUGCGGUUGCAAUAUCUGUGUCAGAGGUUACCCAGGUAGACAUCUUUUGUAUUUAUUUGAUAAAUUAUGCCUUUUUUAUCACAUCCAAACAAUAUUUAUUCGCCUGUUCUGAGAAAUUUUUCUUUUGAUAUUGGAGUCGCCUGAGGUUUUGGAGUUGUCCAAGCAAAUUAAGGAGAAACUGAAAGAGGUCGAUGCCCUUGGUAAUAUUAUUUAGUUCUUGUGAUUGAAAUUUACUGUUUUGCAAAAGUUCGUCUCAUUUCCGUUGCAUUGGCUUUUAGAUUUUUGAUCUUUGAUGUCACGUCAUAUGAAUGUUUUCUACCUAUUUAUCCUAGUUUCCUCGUCUUCUUAAAAUAUAUUCUUGAAUCUAGAGUUAUUUCACCCAAUGUAGGCUCCAACUUUCAUCCCCCAUGAGUAAUGACAAUGCUGAAUGGAGAAAUGAAGAUGGCAGCCGUUGCCAUCUGACAUGCCAAAAAUUGGUUUGACUAUCACUUAUGAUGGGCUAUAUAUUGACUGAAAAACGUCAGUAGAUUGCAGAAUUCCUUUUCAUACAUACUUUACAAAGGUUACGAAAAAGACUGAAGAUCUCACAAGUGACAUCUCCUACUUCAUAGGCCAGAACUUACCCUUAGUUAGCACCAACUUUUAAAGUCAUUAAUGUAGAUGGCCGUAUUGAUGUCCUCAUUUUUUACGGCCGCCCACCUUUCUUUUGUUCUGCUAUACUUAUUCAGAGUACACAAUAGUCCCACCUACCUGUCUUCCAUUAUAUUGUUUCUUUAAGAAUCUGCUCUAGAUGGACGGGUCAUAUGGCUAAAAAUAUUUUGUUAUUUGUCAAAUGUGAUAAACAUUAGGUUCUCAAAAGCCUCCUGAUGAAAAAAAUUCCUUUCUCGAAUGGCAAACUACCUUCCGUCAUUUCUGCACCCUGUUUUCCUUUUAAUGCACGAUGCCAUUUUCCUAGGAAAACUUCCUAUGAAUCGAUGAGGGAUCCUUCAUCCUGCUGCCCGGUAUAUCUCUGCCCGCUAGUCACAUCCUGCCCUGUAUCAACUUUAAUCAGUAUCUUAUCAAAAAUAUAAUUUUACCAUGUAUCCCAGUCCUAGUCAGACAUAUGGUCGUUUCUCGCUGUUUGACAGUGAAGGCGUGUGCUAGGGUCAGUCAUAUUGAUUUGUCCAGCAUCCUGAUCAUGACCUAUGUCACAAUAUACAGAUGUUCAAUUUUUUCAAUGUUGUGGGUUCGUGAUUCCUUUUUUAUGUGGAAGGAUCCAGCAUUUUGGAUGACUUUAUUACACUAAAUAGAGAUGACUGGUCAUUUUUAUAAAAUAAUGGUCCAAUUUCUAUGGUCAUACCUUCAGGGGAACAAUGUUGUUAUCAUCGUUUCUGUUGUUUAUUUGUAUGUUUUUACUAUUUAUUUCUGAUGAUUUAUGUGUUGAACCAUCUCAUCUGCACUGUUUUUAUCAUAAGUCAUUUGCCCCAAAACACAGUUGAUUCAAUAAAGAAUAGAACGGGGAAGCUAACUGUUAGAUGGAAUGCUUUAUGUGGCGGGAAAAGUACAAUCUCAGGUUUGGAUUUGUAUGCAAUCUAAUUACCUUUUUUUGCCAAAAGUUGAUGGGGUUCAUUCAAAUAGGGAAAGUGGGAAGUCUGCAGUUGGGCAUCUUGUAAUGCAUAUAAAAAUUUGAUUUUAAUUGUUUUAUAGACUUGAUGCUGAAUUUUAUCUAUGUGAAAAUUGUCGUGGAGAUUCAUCAUUUGUAACUACUUUUUUCAUAAAUAUGGAUCCUCAGAUCUAGAGGGCAGAAGUGAUGACAAAAUAAGGGCCAUGGAAGUUGUGGAUGAGCUUAGAACCAGAAGAGCUGACAAACAGGUAAUUUUUAAACGACUAUGUGAUGCGUUUUUUCUUCCAAACAGGUGAUUCUCAAAUGAAGAGAUGAAUAAAGAUAGAGAGAAAUAGUCUCAUGUAGACCUUUUUUUUCUUUUAGCUUGCCAGUAUUUUAAUAUUUGGCGUUCGUCUUUUAGUUCUGUUAUCUGAUUUGAUCGUUUUUGUUUCUAUGUCCAUGCAGUCGGUACUUCUUUUGGAUGCCUUCAACAAGGACAGAGCCUCUUUACCACAGCCUCUUCAAAAUCCACCUGCCUUGGCUCCUGUUCCUGCACCACCACCUCCAGAUCCUCACACACAGGAAAUGAUAAAUGAGAAACUGAGAAGGGCAGAGGCUCUGGGUAAUGCACUUAGGCAACAUAUCAAGAGUCAACGAUAGUGAACUGUUUGUGGUCUUAGCUUCUUUUUUUUUAACAACCUUCUCUGUUUCUUUUUACAAUUAAUAAAUGUGUUUGUGUUCCCUAUUUAGUUAUGCAAUCAAGGCUAUCUCGUUCACACGGAAUACAUAGGUCUUGAAUAUCUAACUAUUCAUAUAUUUCUGUUGCAUUUGCCGCUGUAAACUUUUUUCGAUCCUAUCAACAGUUUUAUCAUACUAGUAUGAUCCAUUCUGUAGUUGAUCGAAAUGGCAGCUUUUUUCUCUUGGUCUGCCCUUUUUAAAAAUAUUAGUUGGAUAACAUGAUCAUGAAUAUCAGGAAAUGCUUAUGCAAGUCUGGUUCAAAAGAUUUGUCAGAGAACUCCCCUAUUCAUCGCUCUUUUUGUGCCAAAAAGGCGUAAACUAAGAAUGAACUGGUGGACCAACCUCUCCAAAAUAAUCGAAUCCUCUCUUUCCAACAGAUGAGGUCUCCCCCAGUCUUUGAUCCCAUCGCACACCAUUCUAUCGAAGCAUGUUGUUUACUUCAUUGGCUAAACUUUACCCUGUGCACCAUGAUUUUUCAUAGAAAUCAUGGUUUACCUGAGAAGCUGCACUAGCACAUUUACCAUAGAAAUUACGUUCAGCUUGGAAAUACUUUUAGAAAGUUCAGCUCAUAUUUUCUUGGAGGAAAAGGUGUUGCAUAAUAAUCUGAAUGUGUAUUUUCAAUUACUUGGCUGUUUCCCUUUUCUCUAGGUGAACAGGGAAUGAUAGAUGAAGCUCAGAAAGCAUUAGAAGAAGCAGAGGCUUUAAGAAAGGUUCGAUUCUUUUACUAUUUUUUAAUUUUAGGAAUCAUCCAUGAAGUUUUUGAUGUUGUCGUGCAAAUGCCAAUGUUACUUAUCUAUCCAUACCUGUUAAUAGUAUAAUAUUUGCUGAUCUAUUAGAUAAUAGUGCCAUUGUAAACCCUUCCAGUUACCAUUCUUUUCUGCCCUUCCCUACAGUCAGCUUCAAGGCAGGAGCCAGCUGCCGACGCUUCAAAAUACACUGCUGCCGAUGUGCGGAUUGUGAGUUAGAUCUCAAUCUCUUGUUAUAAAAUAUUCUUUUUAUGACAUGCGAUUAUCUGCCUUUUUUUUAAUAAGGCUAAUGCUGCACAAAGAUCAUCUGGGAGUGAAAUGACCUAUUUCUUUACGUUAAUAGAUUGUUCUCAAGCAUCGACCUGAUAAUUCGGGAUCUUAAUCUUUUUAUUCCUGUUGCUUUUUGGUUUGAUACACUAUUAUUAAUACACUUUGUUGUAGCUUAUACAUUUGAUAUGCAAACAUGGCCUGCUACAUUGUUUGUCUAAUUUGAGAACAGCUAUCAGCUGAUUACUGCUGCCUUGGACUUCCCAGCCCUUGAUUAGAGUUGGUUAUACUGGUUUUUGGUUUUCUUUUUGAAUGAAAGAUCUUGUUUGAUAACAAAGAAAGCAAUCGUGUUGUUGGUUGAAAUGCAGCUUUUACUUGGAGUAUGCAACAUUUUUGAACUAGAAUCCUGAUGUUUGCUUAGAUUGGAAGAUGAAGUUGGUUUUCUUAAGCCUGUGGUUUAGAACUAUGAGGAAUUAAGGUUUGCCAAUUGGCUCCAAAUUGUGUCCAGCAAGCAAAACUUGGAGUGCCUUACAACCUAUAAUCCACUUGUGAUCCAUAUGGUCUGUGCCAUCUGGUCAACACAUCUAUGCAAGGGUGUUAGUGCAUGGAGGGCUCACGUCCUUGUGAAGUGACUCAACUUACAUGUAACUGGCUCUCAUUCCAUAAAUAUGUUUAUGAUCAGACUUCAGAAUAUGUUUUGACCUGACUCUGUGAAACAAAUUAAAAAUUAUCAGCAUUGUUAAUGCCACUGUCUGCAGCUGGAGUAAGAAUAGGAAAAGAGGAGGUUUUUUGUCUACUUAUCUUCUUCAUAGUCAUCUUUGCCUGUCGUUAUCGGUCAUAAACGCGGUAUCAGCUAGGAAGGUGGUCGUUUUGAAUGGAGGAUGAAUCAAUUUAUUUUUAGAUGACAUUUUGAAGAUAUCAUCAUGCUUGUCUUUGUUUGUUAAACUGCAUUUAUCGCCAUGAUAAAUAUACUUAACGGUACUUAUAAUUUUACUUGUAAAUGUUUUCCAAGUGCAAUGGCCAACUUGUUUCUAUUGUCGUUUGAUGGCAUGCAGGAUGGAUGCUCUAUUGUUUUACAUGCUGGUUCUUGUUUUUCUCUUGAGACCACCUUAAGGAUGAGAUGUUAAUUUGUUUUCGAACUCUUUUGCAGACCGAUCAGAAGUUGCGUUUAUGUGACAUUUGUGGAGCAUUCUUGAGUGUCUAUGACAAGUAAAUAUCUAUCUCAUCCCUAAAAAUCAUAUUACUGAAUUUCUAGGCCAUCUAUAGUGGUAGUACUUCCAGCUUUUGACAGACACAUUAUCCCUCCUUAACAGCAGGCUCUUGGGCCAGUUUUACGUGGAAAACUUUUGCAGCUAAAGAAUGUGCGUUUUCUGUUUUCUGUUUUGUUAGAUUAUGGUUACUGAACGUAGGAGGCUUUCUGUGUAUUAUUUCCAGAUACGCAACUUUCAAAAUCUAUUUUAUUAUACAUUGAAUAUGAGCUUGUCCAACUUUUUUUUUUUUUUCCAGUGAUCGUCGUUUAGCUGAUCAUUUUGGGGGGAAACUUCACUUGGGCUACAUGCAAAUCCGUGAGAAGUUGUCAGAGCUUCAGGUAGUCUGUGCAAUUUCAUUUCCCAAAAGAGUGACUAGACUGUGGUUCUGCUGAUUUAAUAUAACCUCUCUUUUCGUGAGACAUUUGCAUGUAAUUGCGAUGCUAAAGAGAAAGGAAAAUGAAUAUUUGUUUGUUGCUUCAGAUUUGAUUUCCUCUAUUGUUUUCUUGUUUGAGUGGCUCUUAAAUCCAAUCUCUGAACGUGUUGGUCAGGUGCUGGUUAUAAUGUUUCACAUUCUCGUGUAGAGAUUUUCCUGGUUAAAUUCUAUCAGUGAGUUUUCUGAUCUCAUUGGAAAAACAUCAUUAUACUUUACUUAUGUCUUAUCUUUUAUUCCCACGAUAAAAAUCGUUCAGAAUUUUCUUCUUCUGGGUCUACUCUAUGAAUAAGUUGAAAAUCUCUAUAAGAAAAAAAGAUGCUUAGACCCAAAUUUAAUACCAAAAAUAAUUCUUGUAUGCUCAUUUCCAAAUUUGUUUGUGGGUCCUAUUAUGUACAAUUUCUGAAACAUAACUGGCAGAGCCUUCGCCAGUAUAUGCCAGAUAGUGAUGGUAAGCUGAGUGGUGAAACAGAUGGUGAGUUCACUUUGUUCCUGAUUGUUCUGGGGUCAUUUGUCUCUCCACAUCAUUCGCAAAGGUUAGGCAUUAAGAUCUUGUACAUUUACGUUUAGGUUUCUCUUCUUCAGUCAACCCCCACUACAGUUCUCAUAUCUGAGUUGACUUGCAUCCUCGUGAGUCUUCACCCCUCUUGUAAGCUUACUCUGAAGCUGUUCUUUAUCCUUGAGCUAUUCUGUAGCUCCAUUUUCCCCUUGUGGGUGCAUCAUUGUUAGACUAUCACUAGCAGCGUCCCUUGAGAAAGGCUCAGUUGACUCGCCGUCACCCUCAUACUGCGUUGACUUGCUUCAAAGGCAUACUUUUUCUGUGUUUGCUUUUUUUUUUCUGCUCGUUGACCUCUUCCUUCAUCUGGAAACCCCCCAUAUAAUUUGGCAAAUUUUAUGUUUACGAGUUGUUUAAAAAUUCUCAGGAGGAAAGGAAAAAGGUGCGCAAACCAGAUGACAGGAGGUAACUCUUCUUCUUCUCCGCCAUCCUCUUCAUAACAAAAACGAUUCUAACAGACGAAAUGGUUGCAUCAGGUCUAGAGAAAGGGAACCUGAGAGGGCCGCCAGCCGGGACUGGGACCGGGAUCGGGAGAGGGACAGGGAUGAAAGAGGGCCCAGCAGAGACCGGGACCGGGAGAGGGACAGGGACUACGACCGGCGGAGUCGAGAACAUGACCGCCACCACGAGCGUGAUCGUGCUUAUGAUCGAGAGAGGGACCGCGAGCCCGAUCGGUCGAGGAACUACGACUCGAGGGCCCGGCACCGAUCGCGCUCCCGCUCGAGGGACCGUGCCCGGGAUUAUGAUCGGUACAGGUAUGAGAACCCCCCUUCACACCCCUCACAUUUAUCACAUCUUUCCCAGAUCAGCUGUAUAAAUUUUCAGUUUUUUUUUUUUUAACCCACUUCUUUGCAGGCGCCGAGAUCGGUACUGA